UUUUACACUCGCUGGUGCAAAAUCAAAAAAUUCCCCAUCAAAUCAAGGAAAAAGAAAACCCGAAAAAUUAAACAAACUUCGCGUCAACUAAACAAGUAAAUCGAAGAAGCUAGAAAAAAAUGUCAGAGCCCGUAUCGAUUUGUCACAAGUGCAAUGAGGUCAUACAACAAAGGAUUAUUACGGCCCUGGGCAAGACCUGGCAUCCGGAGCACUUUGCCUGCAAGGAUUGCCAUCGUCCCAUCACCGAGGCCACAUUCCACAUACAGAGCGAGGAGCCCGUCUGCUCCGAUUGCUUUGUGAGCAAUUAUUCGGGCACCUGCUUCGGUUGCAAGCAACCCAUUUUGGAGCGAACGAUCAAGGCCAUGGAGCAAUCGUGCAAAAAGCCCCUGGUGGGCACCUCGUUCUACGAGCGGGACGGACGUCCCUAUUGCCGUCUCGAUUUCGAGCAACUUUUUGCGGCACGUUGCGCCGGCUGCAGUCAGCCCAUAACGGAGAAUGCCAUUGUUGCAUUAAAUGCCAAAUGGCAUCGCGAUUGCUUCAAGUGCAAGAAAUGCGCCACGCCCAUUACGGCCAGCACAUUUGCCGUGGAGGAUAAUUUGCCGCUGUGCACGGCCUGCUCUGGCUAAAACGGGAAUGCUCUACACACACGCACACACGGACACACUCACACACACCCACACCAACAAACGCACUCUUCGAUGUAUAUUAUAGAUGUUUAUGGUAUUUUGUAGCAUUCGCAAAUUGUUGAACAAAGUUUAAAAACAUAAUACGAAACAAAACUCUUAGCGUUUAAACAAGAAUAAUACGAAAGUUGUGGCAAAUCGGAUAAAAAUAUAACCUUCCCCUUCAGCCAGCCCCUCUACCCCGUUUCCACCCCACACUAAAUUAUAUAGGUUUGUAAAAUGCAAAAAAAAAUAAAAUAAAAUUAUACACAAGAAAUGCAUUUAAAAACUGAAGACAACUGACAGAACUGUCAGCCGAAAGUUUCAGUUAGGAGCUGCCGACGGAUUGAGGGGGGAGACGGAGGUCUGAGAGUGGGCCGAAGAUUGUCAGCUGUAUGUUGUUUUGUUUAAGCAUACGCAUUAAAAA